AUGCCGAUCAAUCAACCAGCCAACGUCAUCAAGUUGACCAACGUCUCCGUCGUUCGGUACAAGCGCAGCGGCAAACGUUUCGAGGUUGCGUGCUACAAGAACAAGGUUCGGGAAUGGAGGACAGGAGUAGAGAAGGAUUUGGACGAGGUGCUUCAGAUCAAGAGCAUCUUUGUCAAUGUCUCAAAGGGGCAGACUGCUAGCAAAGAGGAUGUUGAAAAGGCGUUUCCCGGUUUGAAUACGGAUGAGGCGCUGCUUGAAGUGAGUUUGCGCUUGUGCCACCAUGCAAGGACCGAGAAUGUCUGCCCCCCUUUUCCCUUGCUGACCGGUGCAAACCUCUUCCCGCACGGAAUGGAUGGGGGGACGAUGAUAGAUAUUGAAAAAGGGCGAUUUGCAGGUGGGAGAGAAGGAACGCUCUCAUGAACUGAGCAACUCGUUCAGAGAGAUUGCGACUGGAGUGGCGGAAAAAUGUGUGGACCCCGGAUCCCAAAGACCUUAUACCGUCGGCAUCAUCGAAAAGGCCAUGCACGAUGCUGGGUACAGCAUCAAGACGGGCAGGAGCGCCAAACAGCAGGUGAGCAGAGUGUGCAUUCCCAUCUGGUCUCUAGUCGAUCUCGUUGCGCUGAGACGUGGCGGCUUGCUUCUCAUCCCAACCCGCGAAAGGUGUUGGACGUGAUCAAGCUGCUGCAAUCAUCCGACACGCUACCGAUCGAAAGGGCAAAGAUGCGCGUGAGGAUAACCAUGUCCAACAAGGAGGGCAAAAAGCUCAAAGAGAAGCUACUGCCGCUGGUGGAAAAGGUCGAGGAAGACGAUUGGACGGAAGAUUGGGAACUUGUGAGUUGCCUUCUUCGCUUCGCAAUCGACUGGGGGGGGCGGUCGUGCGCAGAGAAAGCAAGAAACAAGCCAAGGGAUGCGACUGUGUGCCAGUACUGACUCGAAACCUCUCACCACACUGACCAGAUCGCAUCGAUCGAUCCGGGAGCGUUGCGCCAGAUCAACGAGUUGCUGGAAAAUGAGACGAAAGGAAGAGGUCGAGUAGAGACGCUCAGCUUUUCCAGCAUUGCCGACGGAGACGAGGCGCUGGAAUGA